UCUAACCACACCUACCUAGCAGACGUGUCGCCGAAUGUAACCACAACGAAACUGGAUUUUCAUACUCAAUUCUGAACGCUCACCGCAUGGCCAGUAAUUUAGAAAAGGUUUAGUCAAAUGGAUAAUUUAUCUGUUAAUAGUUUUUCGGGAAUAAAACGAUAGGUAUUUGAGAUGAGCGAUACGGAAGGAAAAGACGGCGGCGAAAUGUCAAAGACCGAGAAAGAUCAGAGCUGGAUACCCAAAAUUAUCAAGAAACGAGUGUGCACAACUUUCGUAGAGGAUUCUUUCAGUAAUGGCAGGCUGUGUCAGUGUGGGGGUACGCGGGACACCCAUGAGUCAGUGGCUCUGGGGGACUAUUUCAGCACAGCCAUCGUCAGCCACUGGGACAGCUCCCAGCACUCCUCCGAGUACCCCACCGACGCCUUCGGAGAGCUGGAGUUCGCCGGUGCCAGCAAGAGACACAGCAAAUUCCUGCGUCUCUCGUGGGACACCCCUCCUUCCAUCGUCUACACCCUGAUGACGGCCCACUGGGGGCUACCUCCGCCCAACCUGGUGGUGUCAGUGGUGAGCGGGGAGGGUAGAGCAAAGGUCAAGACGUGGGUACGGGAGGUCCUGAGGCAGGGAUUGGUCAAAGCCUCCCAGAGUACAGGAGCAUGGAUACUGACUGGAGGCCUGCGUGAGGGUGUAGGGAGGUGUGUAGGGGAAGCGGUAAGGGACCAUGCCACCGCUGCCUCAUCUGUCUCCCUGAACAAGGUGGUGGCUCUGGGCAUCGCUCCCUGGGGCCUGGUCCACAACCGCCAGCAGCUGGUCAAUCCGCAGGGUAGCUUCCCUGCUAGGUACUACUUCCAGAACACGUCCCGUGACUCAUGUUGCCUGGACAACAACUACCAGGCCUUUCUUCUGGUGGAUGAUGGGAGUGUAGGCCGCAGAGCGGGCGAGGCAGGCUUCAGGGCCCGGCUGGAGGACUAUAUUUCCCAUCAGCGCACAGGCAUCUGGGGCAGUGGAAGCAUUGACAUCCCCGUCCUGUGCAUGCUGAUAUCAGGAGAGACAACCAUGCUAGAGCGGUUGGAUCUCUCUCUGAGGAACUCCAUGCCCUGGCUGGUGCUGGCGGGGUCGGGUGGUGUGGCCGACCUCGUCAGUGACGUCCUGGAGAGCCUAUCGUCUGCGCCCCCUGUCCUGUCCUCCACCGAGGGGGAGGGGGAGGCGGGACCUAGUGUGGACCUUAAAGACAGAGUGGCCGAGAUGGUUAGGAAGCACUUUCCAUCCGAAACAGAGAUGGACAAACUGGUAGAACGGGUUCUGAGCAUCUACCUGAACAGGGAUCUGAUCACUGUCUACCACGGAGAGCAGGAGGGACCAGAUGACUUUGACACGGUCUUGCUCAAAGCCUUGGUUAGAGCGAGUAAGCAGCGUGUGUCAAGUGAAGCCAGCCCCUACACUGAGGAGCUGAAGCUGGCGGUUACCUGGAACAGAGUGGACAUCGCCAAGAGUGAGCUCUUCAAUGGAGACAUCCACUGGAGGUACCAGGACUUGGAGGACUCCAUGACGGACGCGUUGGUCAACGACAAGCCACAAUUCGUGCGCCUCUUCACCGAGAACGGACUCAACAUCCUAGACUACCUGACCUAUGGGCGGCUGGAGAGCCUCUACCGCUCGGUGGCCGACAGCUCUCUAGCCUACGUCCUGCUGCAGCGCCGCCUAGGGGAGCGCCAGAGUAUGACAGGCUCGCAGGCCAUACUGCCGGAUGUCUCUCCUACCAAAGGGUAUGGUGGGCCGCCAGGGGGGCGGCGGCCUGCGAAUAAGUUCAGUUUAUUUGAGGUGUCGAGAGUCCUGGAGGACUUGAUGGGGGAUGUGUGUCAGCCAUUUUACCACUCACCACUGGAACUGGAGAACAUCUCCUCCCAGAGAAAGGCUCUCAGGCGUGUGAGUAAGCUGUUGCGGGGUGACUGUUUGUACCAGGACAGGCGCUGUCUCUUUCCUUGGGCUAGUCUCUUCGUCUGGGCUGUGCUGCAGAACCGCAAAGACAUGGCCGUCUUCUUCUGGGAGAUGGCAGGCGAGUCGGUCCUCAGUGCUCUGAGCGGCUGUAAGAUCCUACGGGAGCUGUCCAAGCUGGAGAGCGAGACGGAGACCAAGCUGGCCAUGAAGGAGCUAGCGCAGAGGUUUGAGAACCUGGCUCACGAUGUAUUCAGUAAGUGUUACCAGAGCAGUGAGAGUCGCUCCUUCACCCUGCUGAUCAGGAAGUCUCCCGUAUGGGGAGGGACCACCUGUCUAAAGAUGGGCAUGGCCGCCGACGCCCGCCUCUUCUUCAGCCACGAUGGAGUACAGUCUCUCCUGUCUCAGAUCUGGUGGGGGGAUAUGAAGAGGAGCACGGAGGUGUGGAAACUCCUCCUCACCUUCUUCUGUCCCGUUCUGAUGUACACCCAGCUCAUCUCCUUCAGGGAAUUGGAGGAGCCGGGGAAGCCUGACGAGGUUGCACAGGGUAGAGACAAUGACAGCCUUUAUGGAGAAACAAUUUUCUCCUUCUCUGACAUCAAGCACAUUGAACAUCAUACACAGGGUCCUAAUAGUCCCAGAUAUCAUCUAAAAGGCACGCCUGACACCCCACCUAAACGGCCUUUUGUGGUAUCCCGAUGGCGGCAGUUUUGGUUCGCACCUGUCACUUCCUUUUUAGGCAACGUUCUGAUGUACUUCCUGUUCCUUCUGCUGUUUGCCUACGUGCUAUUGGUGGACUUUAAGCCGCCACCCCCGCGAGGCCCCGCUUUCGCCGAGUGUGUGUUGUACUUCUGGGUGUUCACCAUCGUCUGUGAGGAGAUCCGAGAGACGUUCUUAGUGGGCAGCAUGAUGUGGCGUCAGAGGAUGAGGAAGUACAUCCAGGACGUUUGGAACAAGUGUGACCUCACCGCCAUCAUACUCUUCAUCAUAGGCCUCACCUGCAGAAUGUUCCAGUGGUCCUAUGAGUUUGGCCGAGCAGUCCUGUGUGUGGACUACAUGGUCUUCACACUUCAUCUCAUCCACAUCUUCGCCAUUCACAAACAACUGGGGCCAAAGAUCAUCAUCGUCGGCAAGAUGAUGAAGGAUAUCUUCUUCUUCCUCUUCUUCCUUGGUGUGUGGCUUAUGGCAUAUGGGGUGGCCAAUCAAGCACUGCUGUACUCCUAUGACCCUCGCCCCGCCUGGAUCUUCCGGCGCGUGUUCUACAGGCCGUACCUGCACAUAUUUGGACAGGUCCCAGUGGAGGAAAUAGAUGUGAGGAAGGAGUGGGACACGGAGUGCACUGACAAUGUGACGCUGAUCGAGGGAGGCGCGGAGCCCUGCAGGAGCCAUUAUGCUAACUGGCUAGUGAUUGUCUUACUAGUCAUCUACCUACUGGUCACCAACAUCCUGCUCAUCAACCUACUCAUCGCCAUGUUCAGUUACACAUUCUCCAAGGUGCAAGGCCAAAGCGACACCUACUGGAAGUUCCAGCGCUACAACCUGAUUGUGGAGUACCACUCCCGGCCCUCCCUUGCUCCCCCCUUCAUUAUCCUCUCCCACGUUCACCUAUUUAUCAAGAGAUACAUCCGCAAGGUACCCUCGGUCAAGAUCCUCCAUUUUGUAUUGGAGCUGACGGGGAAAGCAGCUAACAGGUUAAUGACAUGGGAGGCUAUUCAGAAGGAAAACUUCCUGACAGACCAGAGCAAGAUCCAGAGAGGGAGUGACUCAGAGAGGCUCAAACGGAUGUCAGUCAAGGUGGACAGUGUGCUGAAACAGAUGGCUGAGACAAGGGAUCAUGAUCGCAGACUGAGGGCUCUGGAAUCGGAGUUGGAGUAUUGCUCCAGUGCACUCAGCUGGAUAAUGGAAGCACUCUCACAGAGCAACAUGGUCAAACCCACUCGACCACCGCCAACACCUAGAGAGCCAUUCCCUACCCCCUCCUCUUCCAUCUGAUCCUAUCUUUGUUUACAUGCCAAGCCAUUCAGGGUCACUGAAAGAAAAAGUUGAAACGCUGUUUCUUUCCACUUCGGCUGCUUCUUUAUCAACAAGGGACCACUGCUGCCAAUUGUUUUUGUUGGCAUUUUAAAUUGUCUUUAUUCGUUAAGGUUGUGUAUUUCAUUUUUAAAAGGAUCCUGAAAGACAACAGUUGGAACCAGGGGAAAGGGCUGUUGAAUAACUUUUUUUAUGAGGGCUAUGUUUUUUAAGGGGUAAUGUGAUAUACUAUGUAUUUGUCAAAUACUUUUUUGCACAAUUUCUUUUACUUUUUGAAGUUUACAUGUUUUAUAUUGGGUAUUUGUCACUGCAUCUAGACCAGUUCUAGGUUCAUAAUGUACAUUUUGUGUUAGAGGUAUCUGACAUAUUUUAGGACAUACAGGUGAAGUCGAAGUUUACAUACACCUAGCCAAAUACAUUUAAACUCAGUUUUUCACAAUUCUUUACAUUUAAUCCUAGUAAAAAUCCCUGUCUAGGUCAGUUAGGAUCACCACUUUAUUUUAAGAAUGUGAA